AUGUCCGGAAUCUACGACAAAGCCAAGGACGCCGUCUCAAACGCCGCCGAAGCUGUGAAGGACAAGUUCAAAGACAUGACCGGCCAGUCGCACGAGGACCGCGCCCGUGACAGCGCUCAAUCAGCCUGGGAUGAGACCAAGGAGAAGGCCGGCGAGGCGAAGGAGAACGCCAAGGGCUGGGCCGAGGAGAAGUACGAGAAGGUCGAGAAACAGUUCAAACAG